AUGGCUUGUGUUCAUGAUAUUGUUCGACAUGGAUUCUGUAGCCAAUGCAGAUCGGCGGUGGACACUCGACGCCAUGCUCUCAUACCUUUCAAUUACCUCGUCAAUGGUCUGGAGUUGCGUCCCGAAUUUGUGGGGGCUAUGAAACGCCAUGUUUGGAUCAAGUCUCUAAAAGAGAAGAGGCUUACUUUAGUCCUUGGUCUACAAGGCACACUCUACGACUCCCGCCAAAUUUCAUUGCUCUCAGACGGAGAGAAACAUCUAACCGGAGAAGUCAACUCAAGGUCUGAUUUGUGGCGAUCAAACAAAGCCUUCCCAGAUCAAGGUGAGGCUUUGUGUAAGCUACGACCAUUCGUUCACGAAUUUCUACGUGAAGCAAACAAGAUGUUCAAGAUGUAUGUGUUCGAGCUUUGCAACCCUGAACAUGCCCAAGAAGUGAUAUCGUUUCUUGAUCCUCACGGAACUUACUUUGAGAAACGCAUCAUCACAAACAGAGAUAGCGAGAUGAAGAAUCUAGAUCUCGUCUUGGCUGAAGAGCGUGGUCUUGUCAUCCUAGACGAUAAGCACGGGCAAUGGUGGCCCGAUGACUUAAGAAACCUGCUGCAGAUCACGCCUUACCACUAUUUCAAGCGUGUCAAAAACAAUGUUUGGAUCAUGAAACUUGUGGAUUUUUUCAAGAAAACGUUCGUUUUAGGCAUUGACAAGAAUGAUCCAAAGUCUUAUGCGGAAGUGAGAGGGGAUGAAGGCGACGAGGAUGGUGGGUUGGCAACUGCUCUUGAAUUACUUAAAGAGAUUCACAGUAAAUUCUUCGAUGAGAAAGAUGAAUAUUCAAGAGAUGUUAGAGCGUUGAUUUUCCCUUGA